AAAUUGCCUAUUUAAAACCAAAUGGGCUGAAAUAAUUUUGAUCCAAUAUAAGAACCUUAUAAAUAUAUUAUCUUCAACCCUAACCUGGAAGCUAUUCGGCCGUCUUUGUCUCUCUGCUUACUACUUCCUCGAUCAUCGACCGGAGAACUUCAAAACCAUGGGUAAGGUACACGGUUCUUUGGCUCGUGCUGGAAAGGUGAGAGGUCAGACUCCCAAAGUUGCCAAGCAAGACAAGAAGAAGCAGCCCCGCGGCCGUGCCCAUAAGAGGAUUCAGUACAAUCGCCGUUUCGUUACUGCAGUUGUCGGCUUUGGUAAGAAGAGAGGGCCAAACUCAUCAGAGAAGUAAAGAACUGAAAAUGGUUCUGAUUAGUAGUUUGUAAUUCAGAUGAAUGUUCUUUAUCAUAAAACAUUUUUGAAGUUAACCUGAACCAUGGCUUCCUGUGUUUUGUUUCUGUCUUGAGAUCAUUGUUUUUUGAUACUACAAGUCUACAACCUUACGAAGGUUCUUAAAUAGUUAUUAUAUUUAUGAUACAAUAGGUUCUAUCUAUUAUGUUGAUGAGUUUAUUUCUCUAUUUUUGAGCCUUGUGCAUUUCCAAAUAUUUUAAGUUAUGGCUGUGUUUGAGGUCUUGAGGAUUUCUGUUACCGUAGCUGCAGCAUCCGGGCAUCUGUAUUCCAUGUUUUGCUGCACGUUCUCGUAACUUGUAUCUUUAAAAUUUCGUUGGAUUGGUUGACCUUAAUGAUUUUGGUGAAGUUCUUAUUGGUUUGCUACUUGGCUUGAAUUAAUUGAAUUAUUAUGAAUCCGUGAAUGCCUCAAACCAGAACAUAGAUGCUACAGCAUACAUAGCGAAUUCAAUCUAUGUAUGCAGUAUGCAUCCGGGCAUCUGUAUUCCAUGUUUUGCUGCACGUUCUCGUAACUUGUAUCUUUAAAAUUUCGUUGGAUUGGUUGACCUUAAUGAUUUUGGUGAAGUUCUUAUUGGUUUGCUACUUGGCUUGAAUUAAUUGAAUUAUUAUGAAUCCGUGAAUGCC